GUGCAUUCUAAAAGCGUUCUAAAGCAGCCAUUAUACUAUUUGCUUUAACACAUAUCUAGCACCCGGCCGAGACACUACAGUAACCUGUUAUAUAAAGCUUUCAGGACCUUACCGUACACAGACAGCCAGAACUGUGGAACUAUCACGAGACUUGAAAUUGUACCAUACGUAGCUGACACUGGUGCCCUCUAACGGCAGGGAGUCUUUACAACGCAACCGUUCAAUUUCAACAUGAAGGGGCUGAAAGCUGUCGUCAUAGGUGCAGGUGUGGUUGGCAUGUCUUCAGCAGUGUGUAUAGCUGAGGCUCUCCCUUACUGCUCCGUCACCAUAUUGGCUAAGAACUUCUCUCCAGACACUACCAGUGACCUAGCUGCUGGAAUUCUUCUGCCCCAACAGAAUCCAGAUAUCCCUGUGGAACAUCAGCGGCGUUGGUUUAAAGGCACGUUUGAUCACCUGCUAGGCAUUGUUCAAUCACCACAGGCUUCAGAAGCAGGAGUGUUGCUAAGUUCAGGAUACCAAUUAUUUAAGGAGGUCCCUAGUAACAAAAAACCCUACUGGUCUGAUUCUUUGUUUGGAUUACGCACCAUGACAGAUAGUGAAAUGAAGCAAUUCCCAAAUCAUAAGUUUGGUCAAGCUAUAACUACUAUUAAGUGUGAAUCCCUCACAUACCUGCCAUGGCUAAAGCAAAGAUUUCUAAAAGCUGGUGGACAAAUCCAACAACAGGAGGUGACAGACCUUCAGCAGCUUGCCCAGACCUAUGAUGUCAUGGUGAACUGCUCAGGCCUAGGCUCCCGUUUCUUAGUGGGGGAUGAACAGGUCUAUCCAGUGCGAGGCCAGAUACUUAAAGUUAGCGCUCCAUGGCUGAAGAACUUUUUCCGAGACAACGAUGGAAAUACCUACAUCUACCCAGGCAUUGACUCUGUGACUCUGGGGGCGACGCAGCAGAUCAACGACUGGAGUCUUGAGGUGGAUAAGCAAGAUAGUGAGGGCAUCCUUAAGCGCUGCAGUGAUAUGGUACCAGCACUGAGGAGCAGUGUGGUCCUGGAAGAGUGUGUGGGUCUAAGGCCUGGCAGGAGGAUCAUCCGUCUGGAAAGAGAGUGGCUAAUAAUUCAGGAUCGCCAGGUGCUGCUGGUGCACAACUACGGUCACGCUUCCUGGGGCAUCUCUUUGAGUUGGGGCACUGCACUAGAGGCAUUGGACCUGGUGAGGCAGGGUCUGUAUGAGAAACCACCCUGGGCCAGACUGUAAAUGCAGAUCCAUACAAGUCCUUAAUUACUAAUGCCACUGAUAAAAAUUACAAAUGCCACUGAAAUUACAAUGAAAUUUCCUUACACAAUGGCAAACCACACAUAUUCUAAAUAGCACUUGUAGGUGUGUAAAAAUUAAACGUAAACACAAAAUACAAAUAUAUUAGUAAGCCAAUUAAUAACAAUUCCAUACACAUUUACCAAAGUAAUCUAAUUCCAUUAUCACUGUAGAUUCAGUAAUGACAGAAUACACAAGAAUCCAACAUAAAUCAUAAUUGAAAACGUGUGUUUAUUGUAGCCUACAUUACUGCAUAUAUACUGCAAAUGCAGUAAAGCAAAGAUGUGAUGCUAUAUAAUUAUUUUCCUUUGAUUAGAAUGGAAUAAACAUUGUUGUCUUUUAGAGUUGUAAUGUUUAUUCAGAGUGAUCUACUAACUGAAAAAUCACCAGUGAAGUUAGCAAGUUUGGUUGUGCACUGUCACAGUAAAUUGAGUUGCUUGAAUAAAUAUCUUUGUCACAUCA